UUAAAUAAUGAAUAUGAACGUUUUGUAAAUUGCAGUACAUUAUUUUGAAACACAAUGCAGGAUUCUAACUGAAGAAACCAACUUGGCUUUUAUUCCCAGUGAAGUAAGUAUAACUCCUGUUCGAGAACUGUACAGUUUAUCAGUUCUAGAAGAGCACUCAUAAUGAUAUGGAUAUUAUGUGCACAAACUCUUCAUUCACACAAUUGAUCUUAAUACGUUUGUGAGUCACUCCUAUUGUUUUGCACUUACAAUUUCAAUGUAAUCAUGGUAAUUGUUUAUUAUAUAAGGUCUAUUUUUGCGAAUGAAAAAGGUAUCCAUUUUAUAAUUCUAUCAAGCUCAUUUCUUGCUUCAAGUUGUAUACUUUAGAUUCUAUUAAAUAAUAACCUUUUCCUAAUUCAUUAAGAAAGUUCACUGUUUAAAACGUUUGAGAAAAUGUCAAGUAAGUUGAAACAAAUUCAUAUUAUCUUUUUUUUUUUAUUAUUUUGCUUCAUAAACAGAGCAUAUAUUCAAAUUUAAGCCAUAGUUUUUGUUAAUUAUUUAUUUCAUUGCCUGGGGGCUUUUUGAAGGUGACAUAUUCUUGAAUUAUUAGCCAUACUUAUUCUUGUUUCAAUAUACAGCAAGAACCCUUGUUUGCUAGUAGGUAAAUAAUAUACGUCAAAAAACAAGAAAGCGUGACGAAUGGCUGGCGUCGACCAUAAUGAAAGACGCCAUCUUGGAAGAGUGAAUGGAAAAGUUUGAAAGUGUGUGUGCAAUUCACCCUGUCGGAUACAUACUUCUGUGAAUAAUCGGAGUUUCUGUUUUAUUUGGGGGUUUUCAUCUCGAUAAAUUUCACCUGCAGCUGUGUUAUUGUUAAAAUAAAACAUGAUCAGUUGUCUGAUUUUUAAAUAUGACGUCCCGAGAAGCAUGAGGCAUUAGUAUGAAGGAACAACACAUUCUCAAGCGGCGGUACAUGAAACCGUACGGUGAACUAAAGUAAAGUGAAGUAAAUUUGUGUGUAAUGAAAUUUCAGACAGGAAAUAUUUAUCCUAAUGUUGGGAUAUCAGCUUCUUCUAAAGGGUCUGAUCACUUGUCAGACGUUACUUUACAUUAUGGUAACGGUCUCGUCCUGUUUCCCGACUAUCCACAAACGGUCCGUUUCCGUCCACAGCAGGGAAACACAAAACUGGACAGGCGAAAACACGCAGGGAAAAACCUGCCUGAGUUUCUGCCCUUAUGUUAACUGUAACAAUGGAACGUGCUAUCAGGAUGCGAAAAAUUGCGGAUUGUCAUGUAUUUGUGAAAAUGGUUUCUGGGGACAUAGAUGUCAGUUUGAAAUCCAAACCACAACUCUUGCUCCAACAACUCCACAUCAGAAAUCCAAUUCAGACAGUGAUAUAGUGAGAAUUUCACUUGGAAGCCUUGAGGAUGGUAUAGAGGAAAACAAGAAAAACACGUCUUCUUUUAAUGUAUCUCAAGCGAGUGAAAGGGAUAAAAAUGAAAAUCAAACAAAUGUAGAGGCUAAUACAAAAAACAAUGAGACAGCCACAGACUCGUCCAUGUCGUCGUCCGAAAUAGAACAAAAAGCUACGAAUACACAACAAAUUAGUGAAUUCACACCUCUUUCUAAGGUGGAAAAGGAAGACCGACAAUUAAUAAAUAAGAAUAAGACAAAUACAGUAACAUUCUUAACAAAAACUAAUUCAACUUCAAACAAUCCUUCAACCCAAAGUGCUUCUAACAUGACUGCAGCUGAAGGUAGAGUAUUUAAUACAAUGUUGAGUGUCAAGAACACAGGUCCAAGAUUGGUCCCAGGGGCAGCAAUGCCUCACAAAGAUCAAAGUGAUGAGAGAAGUCCUUCUUCUGGUACUACGCCAUCUGAAUUGGAUCUAAGUGUUUUGGAACCAUUUACAUCAGAGUAUUUAGAUGAAUGUGAAAGAAAUUGUUCUUCCGAUAACGUGUGUAUUCCAGUAAAGAACAGAUUCCAUUGCUAUCCAAAGAAAUAUCGAUGUCUCACUGGGUUCCCUUGUGAAAAUGGAAUUUGCAGAAAAAAUGAUAGUCAAAUCAAGUGCGUCUGUGAGCCGGGGUGGAUUGGGGACAUGUGUGACCGGAGAUGCUCUCUCAAUUGUAAUGGUGGAACCUGCUACAGAAAAUCAGGCGAAUCAGACGGAUCCGUAAUAUGUCUGUGUAAAUUUGGGUACGAAGGGAAGAGAUGUGAACACCGUACGGAGAUAAUACUUGAAGAAGAUGAGAACUGGUACUGGUAUGUCCUUAUUCCCUGUAUUUGCUGUGUCAUCGUUCUCAUCAUCGUGCUUGUCAUCAUUCUCUACUGCAUGCAGAAAAGAAAAUGGCUAUUUGCCAUGAAAAUAGUUCAUUUCUUCAAGGACUAUGAAGACGAUGAUGGCAAGGAAUAUGAUGCGUUUAUAUCGUAUAAAUCGUCAAAGGAAGACGAAGACUUCGUUUUGCAUCAGCUGUAUCCAAAACUGGAGGAAGAGAUGGGGUUCAAACUGUGCAUGCAUUUCAGAGAUUUCACACCAGGAGACAUCAUAGCCAAUAACAUCAUCCAUGCUAUUGAAAAUAGCCGGCGAACGAUAAUGGUUUUAUCUCCAAAUUAUGUGGAGAGCGAGUGGUGUCGCAUGGAAUACCAGAAAGCCCAACACGAAAUGCUGAAGAGAAAACACAGGAUUAUUCCGCUAAUGUUCAGAGACAUUACAAAGUCUGAUAAAUGUGAUAAAGCACUUAGUGAUAUCUUGAGCACUGUGACCUAUUUACAAUGGCCAGAAGACGGCGACUCACAGAAAAUCGACCGUUUCUGGAAUCAGCUUCGGUUGUCUUUACCAAAGAAACGCGUCCUUUCAUCCACCUCAUCUACGUCAUCGGGAAGCGUAUCCACAGUGGUCACAGAUAUCUACUCAUCGUCCUCCUCCAUUUCACCUCCCGCACCAAGUUCUACAAAUCCAUCUGAAAUCGUUAACUCUCCGUGUUCCAAGAGUGAUACCAUUUUGAAUAUCACCGAAAACGAGAGUUCUAUACUCAACAGUGCAUAUCCAUCGUACACUACACCGAACGAGUACAAACCGACAGCUCAGACAGAUACUUUGGAUUCUUCGCUGCCAAAUGCCACUCCCUCAACUGUCGAGUUGCAGACAGAAAAUUCUUCCAGUCGACUUCGGAAAAUUGUCAAGGACGUUUUAAAAUUAAAAAUUCACUCUCGUUCCGAUUCUUUCGUGCGUUUGCAACGUGAAGGGUCCGUAGAAACACCCACCACUUCCUCUCCUAACGUGUCUUUAGAUAAGGACAUGAGUCCAUUAAUAGCCAAGAGAAAGAGCAAGAAAUCUUCGACAUGGUCAGCAAAAUCACUCCAACAAACUCUCAGACCAUGCGCACGUUCUAUGAGCGAGAAAGACUGUUCCAUUAAAAAGUUAGAUAUCCUUCCCCAGUCGUCUGUAGAGAAAAGAGAUUUACCAGACGUCUGCAAACACUUAGAGAAAGACCACGUCAAUAGCCAAUUUGAAAAUGAGAGAAACUCUAAAAGAAUUGAAAAAGCAAAGAAUGUUCCCAAAGAAAAUACACAAGUGUUAAAUGUAUUAAGUGACCAUCAAAUGGGAUCGACGAAGAAGUUCAGUAAAAAUGUUGAGAUAUUUUUGGACAAGAGCGAUGUUGCACCGCCACCUACUUGUGACACCUGUGUAUAUCCUUCACUAAAUGUGGACAAUUUGUGCAAUAAAUCCGUAAUGCUUCCAUGUAAUACAUGUGUCCAAAAUAUAGAAACUAGCAAUCUGUCUGGUGUUGAACACGCAACGGACCAAAGCAAACAGAUGUGUCAAAGCUUUAGAAAUGACUUAUCCAGAAAGAACAAGAAAUCAAACAUUCCAAGACGAUAUAGUGAUGGCGUGAAAUUUAAUCUUCAAUUAGCUAAAACUAACAUCAUGCAAGUGCCGGUGAACAUCACUGAGAGUUCCAUUUUUAACAGUGAUUAUCCAUCGUGUGUUACAACCAAUCAACAAGUUUCAGACCAUUCAUGCUGUAAUUCAUACAUUUCUAAUGGUAGCGAAAAUCUCCAAGGAAACAAUGCAUGUAACAUAUCGAAAGUCUCGAAUGACUGGAUACAUAAGCCAUUUGAGGUGGAAUAUAGUUCAAACCAGCAAAUAAUUUUCGGUUCAGACUCAAAUUCAUCCAAUGCAGCUUAUCAUCAAAACUUGAGUAGAAUUAAAAAUUUUGAGAAGAAUUCACAAAAUGAGACAUUAGAUACAAAUAACUCAAACACCCGAUAUAACGUCUUACCAGAUGAAUCCUAUCAUCGGAAUUGUGAGACAUGUAUCUUGUCAAAUGACUCGGACACCAACUGUAAUAAUAACCCCUGCUACUCCAUAUAUAUCCAUCCUAGUUACAUUUUACCAGUUCAAAGAGAAACAUCUAAACUCAUGAAUACAGCGACAGACUGUCUGAUACCUAGGGGACCUUCUGCUGGUGGUAUAACAAAUGUUAAUCGACGUUCAUCGGUGCCAAAUUCUCCCAUAAUUGGCAAACCGUUGAAAGAAAGAAAGAAAAGGUUGCCUAGGCGGGUGUCAGCCCCACAUCUGCCAAAUGUUAUCUUGGAGACAAAAAGCAAGGAACAAACCACUGAGGGAGAUACAGCAAAAUCUGCUCCAGUUCCCCCUGUAAGGAGAAAACGAAAGCGGAGGACUAACAGAACGAAACAAGUCUGAUAUGUCAGUGGCAAAUCGCUGUACUAGUGAAAUCAGACUAUUCUUGUUUGUUUUAGCAUAUUAUGUUUAACAAUGCUUGGAAAAAUCCAAAUACAUAUAUAAUAAUAAAUUAUCUCCUUUAUUACCUAAUGUAAAUUAGUUUAAUCAUAUGGAAGUUGAUGUAAAAUGAUUUAACAUUAUAUGUUUUUGUUGUAUAAACUUGAAAUAUUAUCCAUGUUCAUUUCUUACAUCAUUUGUACAGUGACAUCUUCUGAGUCAUUUUGAAACAUUACGCAAUGCAAUGUUCAUGGCAUGAUGGAUUCGCUGGCAAAUACUUAACAUUCUUGGAAUGAAACCUCGUGAUCUUUGUGUAUUAAGUGCAUUUUAUGUCAAGGUAUGACACGCGAAGGUGGUAAACUGCGAUGUCUGACAACACAUGCCAAAGAAAUACUCAAUAUUUUGUAUGCUUCUUUCUAAAUAUGUAUCAUCUUCUGUAUAGUAAGGUGUCAUGAAUUAAAUUGUUGACAGUAUUAAAGUACAAUAAAGAAAA